GAGAGCGAGAGAAGCCAAGCAACAGCAACUAUACACAUCAAAUAACUGGAAUAACGAAAAAGCAGACGAUGUGAAUUGGCUGUCAAGUCCCAUCGGUAAACGUUAUUGAGGUUUGGGGUUUGAAAGGAAAUUGGAUCGAAUUUUAUGGAUAUAUCAGACUAAUUACGUAAAACAAAGGAGUGUUUCACUCCUGGCACGAAACUCGAAGGACGCGAGUUGAGAAAGAACCCCGAACCCGUCAGAUAGGUAGCUUUUAGCAGUAGUGUUAGUAGGAAAGCCAGCGGUCUUCUGUUUUGUCUCUCUUGGUUUCGUCCUCGUCAAGUCUGAAGCUCAAUACAAAUUGGCAAGUUUGGCAGUUUAAUGUUGGUUCCCCUUCCUCGUUAUGUGUCGCUCGAAACCAAGGGACUGCUCUGUUCAAUGUAGCCCAAACACACAAAACGUUAGUGGAAGUUGAAGUCAAGAACUCGGAAGAAGGAUUUGGUGUUAACUAACGUUAGAUAGUUAGCCCACUAUUAACAGUUAUCUAGCUAAUUUAGCUGAACUUUGAUUUGAAAUCCGGGCACAUAGGUAGCUCGCCAGGCAGUGGACUGUGCUUUGUCUCGCUAAUUGAACGUUGGCAUCUAGGCUGCUCGUAAGCUAGUUAUGUUUAUUUGUAGCCAUCGAGCAAACAUUAAUGUUUACAAAUUGCACAGUGGGACUCUUUCCUGGAUCGAAUGCUCCAACGGAAAUAUAAGUUAACACAAGCUAGCCCAUAUUUGUUAGCUAGUUUUAUUAUACAGAAUAUAUACCUUGCUAAUUAUAUAGUUAUUUAACUGCUCACUGAUUUGCCAUUUCAAGCGGACCGGGGCAGAUAAAGCUAGUUUAAAAUUAUUAUUGUGCGCUGGAUUUUAACUACCUUAGGUAACGUUAGCUAGCUAACACACAGAUUGCAACAAAUACAUUUUUCAACGACAAUGGACUAGACGUCAUAACACUUUUUUGUUGUUGUCAAGGAACCGAUUGACGUGGCCUGAAACCGUCACACACUUGCCGUCACUGGUGUUACGUGCGUCAGCUAAUAUCCAAUCAUUGGACCGUGUGUGUGUUGAUCAUCUAGCUAAUUAUUGUGGGGUUUGUAGCGAAGCAUUGAAACACAAUGUCAGGACAGUCUAUAACGGAUCGGAUCGCCGCGGCACAGCACAGCAUGACCGGGUCGGCUAUUAGCAAAGCCGUGUGCAAGGCCUCGACGCACGAAGUCAGCGGUCCCAAGAAGAAACACCUUGAUUACCUGAUCCACUGCACCAAUGAGAUGAACGUCUCUGUACCCCAGCUGGCAGACACACUGUUUGAGAGAACAGCCAAUAGUAGCUGGGUGGUGGUUUUCAAAGCCCUCAUCACUACACACCACCUCAUGAUGUACGGCAAUGAGCGUCUCAUCCAGUACCUGGCCUCUAGAAACACCCUCUUCAACUUGAACAACUUCUUGGACAAAGGUGCUUUGCAAGGUUAUGACAUGUCUACGUUCAUCCGUCGGUACAGCCGCUAUCUGAAUGAAAAGGCCAUGUCUUACAGGCUGGUGGCUGUGGACUUUACCAAGAUGAAGAGAGGGAUUGACGGUGUGAUGCGUACCAUGAGCAUAGAGAAGCUCAUAAAGACCCUUCCUAUUAUCCAGAACCAACUAGACGCACUGCUAGACUUCCAGGCCAACCCCAAUGAGUUAACUAACGGGGUGAUCAACUCAGCCUUCAUGCUGUUGUUCAAGGACUCCAUCCGUCUGUUUGCUGCCUACAGAGGCGUCAUCAACUUACUGGAGAAAUAUUUUGAUAUGAAGAAGGGUCAGUGUAAAGACGCAUUGGACAUCUAUAAGAAGUUCCUUUACAGGAUGACCAAGCUGUCAGAGUUUCUCAAAGUAGCAGAGCAAGUUGGAAUAGAUCAGGGUGAUAUCCCCGAUCUCUCACAGGCUCCUAGUAGUCUCCUGGAGGCUCUGGAGCAGCACCUAGCCUCUCUGGAGGGGAAAAAGACCAAGGAACUCACCGCUGAUACAAGAGCGUCCACCCUGUCCAGUGCGGUGUCGUCUCUGUCCAAUACAGGCAUGUCAUUCAGCCGCAUGGACGAGAAGGAGAGACAGCAGGCCUUAGAGGAGGAGCAGGCCAGACUGCAGGCCCUCAAGGACCAGCGUCUGAAGGAGAUUGGCAUGUCCACUCCAUCUGCCUCCCCCAGUACACAGUCUAUGGGCAGUGUCAACAACAACCACCACAACACCAAUCAAGGCAUGGAGCUAUUCAGUGCACCCUCCACCAACAGCAUGCCCAACCUCAGUAGUGAUCUAUUUGACCUGCAGCCAGCCUUCCUACCUGCUGUCCAGAGCACUCCCUCGAUCUCUACAGCCACCAGUGCCUGGGGAGGUGCUGCUGAGACAGCUGAGUCCUCCAUGAGUGUAGAUUUUGACGCUGUUUUCGGGGGCGGGGCUAGAAGACAGGCCAAUUACGACGUACAGCCUGCCACCGAUGGGUUUGAUGCUCUAGGGGACCUGCUGAAGCCCACAGUGCCCAGCCACAACCAGGCUCCUCCCAUGGCCCUGCACCACCCUGGUCAUCCCCAUCCAGGGCACCCAGGAGGCAAGCUGCUGCCCAAUGACCUUGACUCGUCCCUUGCCAACCUUGUUGGCAAUCUGCAGUUCGGAGGAGCCCCAGCCAAGAAGCCAGACAUGCAGUGGAGUCAGCCUGGAGAGAAGAAGCUAACUGGGGGACACAACUGGCAGAGCAAGACCAUGACUAGCACCACGGCCUGGAACCCUGCUCCCAUGGCCCCUGCACCCAUGCCUGUACAACACAUGGCUCCAGCUCCUAUGACAUUCCCAAUGACGACGCCGCAAGUGCCUAUGUAUGGAAUGGUCCCCCCUCAAAUGGGUCAGAUGGGGAGUGUACAGUUGAUGGCCCCCCAGCCCAUGAUGUACAACCAGCCUGUACUCAGACCCACCAAUCCCUUCGCCCCCAUGCCUGGAGCCCAGAUGCAGUUCAUGUAAUCUCAUGGGGGGAGCAGAGUGCCGAAAGCGAUGGCAAAAACACACGCCGAGCGAACCACCGAAGACUAAAUGAACGAAUGAAUGAAUGAACGAAGGAAGGAAUGACAGAAAAAAAGGAAAACCAACCAACACCAAAUAUGAGCGGAAGAGAGAAGAAAAAGAAAGGGAGGAUCAACCCGGGAGAUGAGAAGGGUGGAAGGCUAGAGCACGGAGGGGAUAUGUCAUAAUAAAGGCGCAUCUCUGUCUGAAACAGCCCCCCUGAAAAAAUUAUAAAUAGUGUAUAUUAAAAAAAUAAACACCCAAAGCCCAUUACUGGGUUUAAAACUACCUAAAACUUGAAUGUGUAGGUUGUUUUCAGUCAACAGAGUGGAGGGGUCAGGGGUUAGAGGUCUUAAGUUUAUUGCACUUAGGACCAGUGUAUACAUUAUGAAGUCUCUUUGUUGGGUUAGUUUGUCUUCUGUUACAUUCUCUGGUCGUUGGUGUACAAAGGUAGCCUAGGCCCUGUUACUGGGACUGUAUUUAUGUUGCUACUAAGCUGAUAUUGAGCAAUUUGUCACAGAGUAAAAGAGGGAUGGAGAAGAGGGGAUCUAGCCAUAGGCAGAAAAGACAGGUUUGGAUUGAAAAAGAUUUGCAGGUUAAAAUUGCAUCCACUCUCUUUGGUUGCAUUCACACAGGUAGGAAGACGUAGGUGUUUGGAUUCAGUUUUUCUAUCUCGAAGCACGUCUGUUUGCGCGCAAGCUGUUAAUAAACCAUUUCUUUGUGAGCUGGUCUCUACCUUCUUUCUUAGGCGACAGGUCACCAAUUGGAGCGGUUUCUAGAAAUCUUUAUUUUAAUUCUCCAACUUUCUCACAGUUACUGAUAUCGAUCAAACCGGUGGAACCAAAGUCGCACAGUACAGUUUGUCCCUGCUCGCUUGCCAUCCUUGACUGUUAGGUAGCGAAGAAAAGCACUUACGGUGUUGUGUGUAUGUUACCCAAGGGAGCUGUUUCAGACACGGAGAAGCCUUUACCACAUGCAAUCAGACUGAGUAUAAACAUUAAGGAUAGCCCUCUACACUCAUCCUCACAACCACCAUCCUACCACCAGCCUAACCCUCAACCUCUUCUUUGUCCAUGGAGAGCCACUGGAGAACUGUUGUAAAGUGUUUUUAAUCCCUCUCUACUUUAUUUGUGUCUCUUGUAAAAACAGUUUCUUCUUCAUCCUCAGUGUGUCCUUAAAUGUUGACGGAUUCGCACUCACACUAAAUUACACACACAAAGCAUGUUACACACACACACACCCACGUGCAUUAACGUGUAGACACACACACCUUCAUCCUGCGGAAACCGUUUGAUUUCAGAAUAGGAUCAUUCUGACGGUUGAUGUCACAAUUUGUGUUUCCUUUAUCAUAAAGUCCAUUGCUCUCGAUGGUGUCCUAUUGUUGCUAAAGCCAUUAUGCAGUCAUUUUCUUCCCAACUGUCAAGAUGGGUCAAAUGAAAGGAUGUCAAAGAAACUUUUUGUGUCAAAGGAAGGAUAUUGUCAAACUGUUGAUGACUCAACAGAACUGUUUCAUGAUUUUAUUUUGAACAAAUAUAUGUGCCAAUAAGUUUGGUACUGGUUAGCGCUGAAUGAAACUUAAUUGCCAAGGGUUACUUUAUUGUUAAAUAUUUGGGGGACAUGGAGUUGAAAUGUUCAAUACUGGUUUGAGCAUACUCUUGGUCCCAUAGGCUUUAUAAAAGAUGUCAAUGUAACUGAACUGUUGGUGCCAAAGGUCAAAACAGGUAUAGGGUCACAGUUGCCAUACUUUUCGCUGUCUAAUUCCCCUGUAAUAACACACAUUGGUUUGUUAUAUAUGCCAUGCGUUUCUCAUUGAGGACUGUUUUCUGUUUACUUCCUAUAUCUUGACGCUGAAGCCAAUAGUGAGUUAUGCCCCCUAGUUAUGUUAUAUAUAUAUAUAUAUAUAUAUAUCAUUAUUUUUUGAUGAACAAGCUGAAAUGUUUCACUGAUAUGACCACAUUCAGAACCUGAAAGAAAGGAGAGUUGGUGAUAAAUGAAUGGAUCAAAGUGUAUUGCUCACGUACACUGAUUUGCAGGUGCAGCGGAGUGCUUUUGUUUUGAAUGCACAUGCAGAUCCCUAAGACGAACCCUUCCCCUUGUCUCGGUCCACAUCACCAGUGAGUUGAGUACUGUGGAGUGUCUAACUGAUCCUUUUCACUUUCUAGUAGACCUAGCGCUCUAGAACACUCUUAGCAUCUUUGCUGCUCUUUGGUCUAGUGCGCAUAGCUCUAUAUUCACCUCUUGGUGACUUGCCAAUUGCUAUUGUCUUCAAGAUUAUCUUGGUGGAUCGUCACUGUCUCGUAGACCUAUCUCUAAUUUCCCCUCUUAGCCUCUUUGUCACUGUUUAGCAUGUAUAGCUUUAUCUUCUCUUGGUUUUUCUUUUCUGUCAAGUUUAUUUGUCAAACUCAUUCGCUCCACCCUUGUACUUGAUUGAUGAUUUAAAGUCACAAAUUAGUAACUCCCCUCACCUGGUUGUCUAGGUCUUAAUUGAAAGGAUAAAAAAACAAAAACCAGCAGACACUCGGACCUCCAUGGAAUGAGUUUGACACCCCUGGUCUAUUAGAUAUAUUUAAAGAAUUGUCUCCAGGAUCACUUUAGAUUCAUUCCCCUUCUGACCUCAUUUCAUUGUCUAGUAGAACUAUAUUUAGAUAGACUCUCCUAUUGGAGUCUUCACUGUCCAGUAUGUAUAGCUCUAGAUUCUUCUUGCUUCUGCUUUUGUAGAUGAUACAUUACAAUCCCCUUUGUCUUAUAACUUCCUGUUUCUUCACUGAACUCUGUCAUAGGCCUUCACUUAAUCAUGCUGUGAGUGGGCGUGUACGCCAUCUUUAAACUUAAACUGUCUCUGAUUGGAUCAUAUGCAUUUUAUGUCUUGUCGGUGAAACCGAACUAUCCACAAUGUCUAAGGGGGAUGUAUACUCUCAAUGAUGAAUUACGUCUGUAGUCUUGAAGUAUUUGAGGGUUCUGAUGGCACUAGUCUUUGUCUGUAGGAAGGAUUGCCUCGCUAUAGUAGUACCUGUGUAAAAGGGGGUUGAGAACCAGUGGUGGUCGUUUGGAAUUUAAAGGUCCAAUGCAGCUGUUUUCAUCUAUUUCAAAUCCUUUCUAGGUAACAAUUACUACCUUUUGAUUGUUUUCAAUUAAAAUGGUCAAAAAUAAGCAAAGACAUCAGUUUCUCAAGCAAUAAUUUUGUUAAGAUUGUCAGGGAGUGGUCUGAGUGGGGAGGGGAAUGCUAGCUAUAGGUUUGGAACGCUCUUAUUGGUCUAUUAAAUUUACCGCCUGGUGAUGUCACCAAGCAAGCCAAAACGCCAUCCCACCAAAACAGGCUGAAAUUUGACCGUCUUUUCAAACAUCUCUAACACUAAAAUGGCAUUAUCAUUUUCACAAUAUCACACUAUUAUUCCAACCUUACUAUGUGGAUAUAUAUUAAACACAGAAACCCUUCUCUGGGCUCCUCAUACUGUGAUCGUCCCUUACUCAGGAGGGUAGGAAGCUGGGUAGAAGUUGCUCUAAGAGACAGAUCUAGGAUCAGCAAACACUUGGGGGAGAAAUGCAUAACUGACCUUAGAUCAGUGUCUAGGGGCAACUGUAUUUGUAUCCCAAUGGCACCCUAUUCCCUAUGUAGGCCUCUGGUCAAAAGUAGUGUACUAUAUGGGGAAUAAUGCCAUUUGGCACACAAUCCUUGUUUGGCACUGAAGUUGAUGAGGACAGCUUUUUCUCUGGAAUGUAUCAUGUCUUAUGUUCUCUGGUUCUUCAGUAGUUUCAUUUCUCUCUUUGAGUCAUUUUUAAACUAGAUUGUUGUUCUGCAUGGUACCCGGCCUGCCUGUGUUUUGUGUGUCUUUGAACUGGUUUCAAAAUAGUGGAAGAAUUAGCAGAGUGGGAGAGAGACAGUGUGGAGACUACAAUGUUGAUUGUCCUAUUAUAAUCUUAGGGGGUGCGUCUCAAUAAUCUUGUCUUUUUCUCUCGUCUUCUAAGACCUGAAGAGCGUUUAGCUCCCAGAGCGAAUGCCAACAAUGUCAAAUCACGCUGAUGGUCUGUUUAUGGUAGGCUUUUCUUCCCCUGUGCAUGGUCGUGAUGAUGUGUUCUUUCUACAGCUCCCCUUAAAAGCAUGAUCUGAUUUAAUGUCUGUUAAAACUCCGGGUUCCAGAUUGUCAUGGUUGCAUUUCUGAUUACAUGCCGCAAGGACAGACACCCCUAACCAUAGCUCUAGGGUGAAUCUCAAUAGUCUUUCCUUGGCUCGUUGCGUCCUCUGUCCUCAACACAUUGGAGGAGGUGGUCUGGGGGUGUAGCCAAACGCUUUUACUUUUCCAAAGAUGCCACGUUACUUUUUCCCUUUAUUGAAAUGGGUCUUUCUGAUCAUAUCUGCAAGUGUAGUACCCUCUAGUGGUGAGUCCCUGUAGUAACACAGUAAUUGAAGAUGUCAUCAACCUGAAAUGAAAAAGGAACAGGGAAAAAUAGGAAUGGCUUUUUGGGGUUAUAAAUGGAUAAAUCUCUCCAUAAAAUUAAUCAGUUUAUCUGUUAUUUUCUCAUUUUCAGUCAGUGUUUGUUCAAUGACCAUGUGAACAUUUUUUCCCUACAUGUUUUUUUUGGAAACUACCCUUCUGAUAGCUGAACUGGUGAUAACUAUGUAAAUAUAAAUAGAAACAUGCAAACACAUACACAUAUACAUCACAAUCCCUGUAUUGUACUAUACAGGGAAUAUGGGCUGCGUUUACACAAGCAGCCCAAUUCUGAUCUUUUGCCCAAGUCUUGGUAAAAGAGCUGAUCUGACUGGUCAAAGAGAAAUGAUUGGAUUUGGCUGCUUGUGUAAACGCAGCCAUGGUGUCAUUUGGGACACAAACAUACACACACAUCAGCCAUAAUGUUAUUUUUGUCUUUGUAUUGUUAUUUUUCUGAACAUGAGAGCUAUUUGAUAUUUGCAUUAUACAGUAUAUAGAUAUAUAAUAAUACCCAAGGGGUGAUUAAACGUAUGAAGAAGGGGAUUGGCUGCAUAUCUACAGGUUGCCAAUGGGAUGUCAUUGAUUGUCAAGGAUGCCAAAUGAUUCAGAGAAUCACACCCUUGUCUCUGAUUAUUCUUCUUGUUCUUCCCCCUCUUUGUACAUUUUUAUUUAUUUCUGCAGAAAUAUUAGGAUUUUAUUAAGCAUGGAAAUAAUACAAAACGAACGUUACAGAAAUACAAAAAUCAUUGCCUUUUAUUUUACUUACUGUGUUUAUUUUGAUUAUCUUUUUUUGGAAGAAAUAAAGUCAUUUUCCAUUCCUAAAGCA